AUUCACAGGAACAAGUAAAACAGAGAAAAAUAAAAAAUAAAAUAACUUACCAAAACAUCGCGAUACUUCAGCCUUUACAUCUCGUGCUUUAGUUAGCGCUAGAAGGCUCACUUAGCUUCCAACUACGCAUGAGGAAAAGCCAAGCAGAAAUAAGACAUUCUCCAGAGAAGAGGAGUUCCCCUUCACUUUGAUCAAGUUUACUCUUUGCACAAGACAUUGACUGACAUUAACUUUCCCCAAUCCUUAGAAAACAAUCACGAUUUUGCUGCCUACUUCGUUCUUUAUCUUGACUCGGCUGUACUAAAACAUUUUGAAGCCAGACAGCCGCUCCACUUUGUGGCGUCAUGUCUCAGAAGUCGCAGGCAGAUGGAGGUCAGAAGCAUUUUGCUGUGGGGCGGGGGCUCCUGGCCGCUGCAGAGACCUUGAACUACAGCAUGAGUGAACAGCGAUCCAGCCGGCAGAUGGGGGGCAUGGCCUCAGGUAUGGGGGUGGGUAGUGGUGGCAUGGAAAGCCAAGAUGGCAGCUCCCAGAUGGCCCGGCGUGGCAGUGGCAACCAUAUUGGCAACACCAUGAAGCUGUUUGCUAGUUUGGGGCUGUCGCCAUCCGACCUGGACGCUCUGGCUGAAAUGCCUGAAGAGGACAUCAGUGUGGAGACUUUGCCGCGCAUCCUCAUGCAGCUCAAGAGCCGCAAAGGUGACACAGGAGAGCGGAGGGUGGCGUCUUCCAUGUCCUCAGAUGCUGGGUUUAGAGGAGGAAGGGACAGCUGGGAUGACGUGCCUAUGGGGAGGAUGGGCGCUCCUUCUCUGGGUCCGGGUUCAGCCCGGGCCCAGCCCUCUUCAGACUUCGGCUUCAGUUCACUGCAGGACGUCACUUCCAGCCGGAGCUACGGCUUAAAUUACAGCAGCAGUGGUGGGGGUGGGAGCAGAGAGAGGCCGUACUCUGAGCUGUCCCACCAUGAUUCCUACAGCGGGCUCAGCAUGGGGCCGCCGGCGUCUGAUCCCAUCUUUAUGCAGAGGAGGAUGGGCUCCCCAUCAAACGGAGUCCAAGACUUCUUGGGAGUCAUGCCCCCCAUGUUCCCCCAUGUGUGCUCUCUUUGUGACUUUGACGUUCAUUCCACCAUGGAGUGGAACCAGCACAUUAAUGGACUUCGACAUGCUGAAAACAGGCGCCUGCUGCUCGACAUGUAUCCAGAGUGGGACCCUGGUAUGUCUUCAGGCAGAGGUGGCGGUCUAUUGGACACCCCCAAUAUGUCUCCAGGACUGCUUGGACCUGCCCCGAUGUCUUCAUCUUCAACAGGAGGAGGGAUGUCUUCCAGCUGGGGAGGAGCUGCUGGUCUGUCAGGAAAGAAACAAAAGGGACAAAAUAAGCUGAGAAGCAGAGUGGUGGUGGUGAAGUACGACAGGAAGCCUCUCAGCAACAAGACUCUGUUCGCCUUCACCGAGCCGUUCGGCUGCCUGAGGGAGCACCUGGUCCUCAAGAACAAGGCCUUCUUAGAGAUGAGCAGUCAUGAGGAGGCUCAGGACAUGGUGAACUACUACGUAGAUAACGAGGCGACUCUGUACGGCAAACCCCUCACCUUCUACCUGUCCCAGAGGCUGAUGGUCAUCGAGAAAGCCGACCGGUCGUCAGACAGAUCGAUGGACAGACCUGUCCGGGAUGUCAAAGGUCAUGGCAGCCAGGUGGUUUUCUUCUCCAACCUGCCCAGAGAGGAAGACAAGAAGAAUGAGCUGCUGACCAUCGCUGGGCGCUUCGGCAUCGUGGAGAAACACCUCUUCUUAUCCGACCAGGCAUUUGUCCAGCUGGGAACUCCAGAGGACGCAGAGAUGCUGGUGAAAUAUUACAGCGUGAACCCGCUCACCAUCAAAGGCAGAUCCAUUCGCCUCAACAUCUGCACCAAGUACAAGACCCUCAAUGUGAACCGGAAACAAGGUGGUGACAAUCGAAGCCAGAGGGGUGGCGGAGCAAACGCAGCCUCCUCCUCCGGUUCUGGAACCAGGGCUUCCUCCAACCCUCCCAGGAGCUCCUCGUCCAAAUCCUCGUCCACCUCCAGAACCAGGGAGGAGAAGAAGAAAGAGGAGGAGACCAAACCAAAACCUGAGGUGAAACCUGCAGCAGAGGAGGAGGAGGUAUCAGGAGUGAUGGAGGGAGAGGAUGGAGGGGAGGAGGAUGGGGUUCAGGAGCAGGUAACCGAUGGAGACGCAGAGGUGGAGGAGCAAGACGCAGAGGUGGAGGAGUCUGUGAAGGAAACAGGGGAGAAGUCUGAGGAGGUCCAACAGGAGGAGGUUCCUCAUGGUGAUGACGUCACUGGUGACACACCUGGAGAUGCGGACGGGGCUAAAGGUGAGGCUCAGCAGGAGGUGGAGUCAAAGGAACAGACAGAACCAACGGAAACCAAAGCCUCAGCAGAGGAACAGGAGAACAAAGAAGAACCGAGCGCAGAACCAGGAGAGAGUUCAGAGACGGUGGAGGACGAUGUUCCUGGAGAGUUUGAUCAGGACUUCCUGGAGAACAUGGAGGACUUUGUGACGUUAGACGAACUGGCAGAGGACGAUGAUGAAGAAGACGGAGAGUCUGAAACCAUCGACAGUUCGAGGAAAGGGGGUAUGAGGGUGGUCAACAUCGUUGGCUUCAGACGAGGCUACAACUUCAUGAACGAGCUCCAGGCACUCGCCAAACCUUUUGGGAAAGUGGUCAAACACCUGGUGCUGGACUUAAGGCCUGAGGCGUACUUUCAGUUUGCCUCAGAAGACGAAGCUCGAGCGAUGGCCAAGUUCUACAACGGUAACAUCCAGGCGUCGGUGUGCGGCCGACCUGUGAGGAUCAGUCACUCCAUGAGCUACCCGACUAUCCAGUGUGGCUCCAGCAGGGUGGUGUACAUCGGGCAGAUCCCCAGCAGUAAAUACUCAGACGCUAACAUCCUGAAACUGGCCGAGCCGUACGGGAAAGUCAAGAAGUAUUUCCUCAACAGGCUCAAGAGAGAGUGUUUCAUUGAGAUGGAGAAAGCCGAGGAUGCAGAGAAAAUGGCUGAAGAUUGCAAAUUGAAUCCACCCAAAUUCAAUGGGAAACGUCUGACGGUCUAUGUAAGCAGGAAAUACAGACAGCUCAAACACGGACAUCACUGUCCAGGCCCAGCUAAGAGAGAAAAAAGCAGCACACCACCAAAAUCCUCCAAACAUUCUGACGAACCUCCAGCCAAGAAAUCCAAGGAGGAGAAGAAACCAGAGGAGGAGAAAGAGGAGAAACUGAAGGAGGAAGAGGAGAAAGAGGAGGAGCAGGUGGAGGUGGAGGAGAAGAAGGAGGAAGAGCUGCAGAGUAGUGAUGAGAAGAGAGAAGAAAACUCCGCAGAGAAGAUUCCGGAAGUUUCAGAUCAGAACCAGAAGAGUUCCCAGGAUGAGGAGCAAGAAGAGAUGGAGACAUCCACCAGUCAGAACGGACAGACCGAGGCCCCCCCGCCUGCUGAAAACAAACCCACUGUGGCGUCUCUGCCGCUGCCCCCCCACGACCCCAACAACCCCAUCGGUGUUGAACAUGUGAAGAUGGGUUAUUACUGCCGUGUCUGCUUCCUGUUUUACUCCAACGAAGAGAUGGCAAAGAAAACACACUGCAGCAGCCAGGCGCACUACGACAAGCUGCAGAAAUAUCUGGAGAAGGAACAGGCCAAAGCAGAGAAGAAGAAAGGGAAGAAGACAACUGCGUAGAUAACUAAACUCAUUUCAUCUAAGGAAGAGUGGAAGUGGGACUUUUUUAACUUUGUGUUUUAAUUGUGGGUAGUUGUUCAGACUUAAAGUUGCCAGUAAACACAGAUGUGUGAGCUCUCAGAGCUGUUGUCAUGGUAAAGACACUGACUAAAAAGCUUCAGGGGAGUUGAGCUAAAACAGUGGUUUCCAGCUGGUGGGGCGCAGGUCGCAAAGCGUGUUAAAAAAUUAAGAACAGUCAGUUUCUAUUUUGGAGGGCUGUUUCCUGACGUUUCUGGACAGCUACUUAACAGAGACAGCAAACUAGCUCCACCACACGCCAAACACAAGUAUUAUAAUGAACCACUGAGCUAAAAUGUCACGUAGAGUUAAAUCUGUCUGAGUCCAACACUCAGAUGUUCAGACGUCCGUGUAAAGAGUCGUUGGUGUGUUUAGUAACAUUAAUUAAGACCUCAAAUAUCCAGCUGUACAGAUGCUGGAAGAAAAA